GAGCGGCGAAGCAGCGAACCCGACUAUUGGCCGACGGAUUGCGAGGCAGACACCCACAGAGAGAGCUCGGCAGUGGAGGAAGCUGGCUGUUAACUUCGGGCUCCGUUCGCCACAAUAAGUCCGCGUCGGCUAGGUAACAAUGAGUACAUCGGAGUCUCUGGAUCGAAUGGAGCUCUGCGAAAGCCUCUUGACAUGGAUCCAGACGUUUGGAGUGGAGGCUCCAUGCAAGACGGUAGAAGACUUGACGAGUGGGGUUGUCAUGGCCCAAGCUCUACAGAAAAUAGAUAUAGUCUAUUUCAGUGACACUUGGAUUAGUAGAAUCAAGCCAGAGGUUGGGGACAACUGGAGAUUAAAGGUCAGCAAUCUAAAGAAAAUUUUGAAAGGCAUCCUUGACUAUAACCAAGAGAUUCUAGGCCAGCACAUCAAUGACUUCACGCUACCAGACGUUAACCUUAUUGGAGAACACUCGGACGCAGCUGAGCUGGGGAGGAUGCUGCAGCUUAUACUGGGAUGUGCCGUCAACUGUGAACAGAAACAAGAAUACAUCCAGACCAUAAUGAUGAUGGAGGAAUCGGUGCAACAUGUCGUUAUGACUGCGAUCCAAGAGCUGAUGAGUAAAGAGACCCCAGUGACGGGAGGAAGUGACUCGUAUGUGGAUCUGGACAGACAGCUGAAGAAGACAGUGGAGGAGCUGAACGAUGCUUUAGCUACAAAGGAAGAGAUCGCUCAGCGAUGCCGUGAGCUUGACAUGCAGGUUGCAGCGCUGCAAGAGGAGAAGAGCAGUUUGCUAGCAGAAAACCAGGUCAUGAUGGAGAGACUCAACCAGUCUGACUCCAUAGAGGACAUAAACAGCCCUGCCGGACGCAGGCAUCUCCAGCUGCAGACACAGCUGGAGCAACUACAGGAGGAAACGUUCAGGUUGGAGGCAGCAAAAGAUGACUACCGAAUCCGGUGCGAGGAGCUUGAAAAGGAACUCUUGGAUGUAAAGUCACAGAAUGAAGAGCUCACAUCUCUGGCGGAUGAAGCCCAGUCUCUGAAGGAUGAGAUGGAUGUUCUCAGGCAUUCCUCAGAUAAAGUGUCAAAGCUGGAGGCCACAGUGGAACACUACAAAAAGAAACUGGAGGACAUGGGGCUCCUGAGGAGACAGAAUAAGCUCAUGGAGGAGAAGAACACAGUAUUGAUGCAGACCAACGUUAGUUUGGAAGAAGAUCUACGAAAGGCCAACGCUGCCAAGGCCCAGUUGGAGACGUACAAAAGACAGGUGGUUGAGCUGCAGAACAGGCUGUCGGAGGAGUCUAAAAAAGCCGACAAGAUGGAGUUUGAGUACAAACGUGUCAAAGAGAAAGUGGACUCUCUGCAAAAGGAAAAAGAUCGUAUGCGGACGGAGAGGGACUCUCUGAAGGAGACCAUUGAGGAGCUGCAUUGUGUUCAAGCUCAGGAGGGACAACUCACAUCAGGUCUUUUCCCCUUAGCGAGCAACGACGGCUCUGAUUCGCUUGCUGCUGAGAUCACCACUCCAGAGAUUCGAGAACAUUUGAUUCGCCUUCAACAUGAGAACAAGAUGUUGAAGUUGGCCCAGGAGGGAUCCGACAAUGAGAAGAUUGCACUGUUGCAGAGUUUACUGGAGGAUGCCAAUAGGAGGAAAAGUGAACUGGAGACAGAGAACAGGUUAAUCAAUCAGCGCCUGAUGGAGGAGCAGAGUCAGGUAGAGGAGCUACAGAAGAAUCUUCAAGAACAGGGCUCCAAAGCAGAUGAUUCUUCCAUCCUGAAGAAGAAAUAUGAAGAGCACAUGGAGAAACUUCAAGAGUUAAACAUCGAGUUAUUGAAGAAAAAUGCUUUAAUUGAUGAGAUGGAGCCUAAAUACAGCAACACAUGCCAACGAGUGGAGGAGCUGGAAGAGGCCCUGAAGAAGAAAGACGAUGACAUGAAACAGAUGGAGGAGAGAUAUAAGAAAUACCUGGAGAAAGCCAAGAGUGUGAUCCGGACACUGGAUCCUAAGCAGAACCAGGGUUCGGGUCCAGAGGUCCAGGCGCUAAAGAACCAGCUCCAGGAGAAGGAGCGGAUGUUACACUCGCUAGAGAAAGAGAUGGACAAAACAAAGACGCAGAGAGAUUACGAGGAGAAACUGAUUGUGUCCGCCUGGUACAAUAUGGGCAUGUCUCUGCAGAAGAAGGCGGCCGAGGACCGGCUCGCCAACACCGGGCCGGGUCAGUCCUUCCUGGCUCGGCAGAGACAAGCCACCAACACGCGCCGCACCUACCCCGGCCACGUCCAGCAAGCUACCGCCAGGUAGAUGGCAGCAGGGCAGAAAGGGGCAGUGGCAGGCUUCCGCACAGGGCCCUGAACUCAGACGCAGCACACGUGCCUUUCUGAGGCACAUUAUUUCCAUUCAUUUCUAAUGGAAAGUUCUUGUUUUCCUGCAUUCUCCAUGUUGAUUCACCUUUUUUUCUUCUCGAUCAGAUCCAUGAGGUAGAGAUGCCAGGCAAGACAGCCCAAACUCUUGCACCACUUGUUUCUUCCUGGCUAAGCAUUUUUUUACCCUGACUCCUCUGAUGAUUUCUUUUAAUAGGGUCUGACUAAUCACUCCAAAAGCAAACAUUUGCUUCCCCCUUCCCCUUUUAACCACUGACCUUCCUGAACCUGUACCCUGUGGCAUGUUUUUUGCCAGACAGGUAGUCUGGAUUUUGCGAGGCAGAGAAGAGCAGCAUCUUCAGCUGCUCAGUCUGUUGAAUGCAGUAUUCAUGCACAUCUCUACCUGUUAUUAUAUUCAAGUCUUGCUUUUUUUCUUCUUCUUUUUUUUGGAGUUGACAGAUUUUUCGUCCCGUAUCUGUUUCACUGGAAACAGAUUUUCUGUCCUGAUUAUUUGUCUUAAUUCUUGUAUAGCUUUAAGUGGGUUAUCGGCAAGUUUCAGUUACACGUGUCUGUGUUUCUGUUGUUUAUUUGGGGACCGUUUGCAGUGUCCUUGUUUUAUAGUGUCCAUCUGAACCAUAGGAAGAUGAGUAGUCCUCAUACGUGGUCGUGUUGCUUGCUAAACGAAUGUGCUCUAAUAGGACAGCAAUAUUUAUAAAUGGUAUUUUACCUGGAAAAAAAAGAUUUUUUAAGAGCCACUUUUAGGCAAAGGAGAUGGUAAUGUCUACCAUCACUCACCCAGCUGUCUCAGACAAAACCCCAUGUGCCAUAGUGUUAAAUGUACUGUAUGAAUUACUGUUGUGGGUCAUUUUAUCAUGGCAGCACUGUCAGUUCCCCGUCCCACACUAAGCAGAAGAUAAAUUAUUCCUACUUUAAUAGGAAUCUGUUAACUAGCAUUGCAGUAAACCAAGUACUGUCCCUGUCCAUUCAGGAAUCUCAAGCUUCCUUUAACCCAUUGCGUUCGUCCUCUAACAUGAUGAUACCUCUUUGUUUGUCUCAGGGUCAGAGCCUUAAGCUAACCUGCCCUCUCGUCUGACCAUUAUCUUUUUUUCCCUCCUCCAACAGCAAUGUCCCUGCAUGACUCUCCCAGCAGUGGUCUGGCCGGGCCAAGGCUGAGGCGCUCCAUGCAUGAACUGCCUGCCUGCCUACUGUUUGCAUGACUUUGCAUUGGCUCGAGCCUGCAAAUAACCAGCGCACCCAGCCGCCGCAUGAGCACUAACAACCCUCUGCAGUGUCGUGCAUUGUGACCUCCAGACGAGCCCGAGGAGGAAUGAGCUCGGAAAAAGAAAACCCUCGCUCUCUUUCCCCCACUUAAACUCUUUCCCACCCUCUCGGCUCCUUAAUCCUUUUGUUUUAAUGCUCUUUGUUACCCUGUCAUCUGUCCUCCAUUUCUCCUCCCUUUGUCUUCAUGGACAUGCCUGCCUGUGCUUCCAUGCAUUAAUUGUGUUACUGUUGAACCUUAACUGUUACAAAUACCGGGACACAGGCAGAACUUUGCAGUAUAGUCAACCUAUGAUGCCUGCAGUCCCUGUGUACAACUUGACCUCGCUGGGCUAUUUCAGGAUGCAUUAAUGACGUAUUUCCACGCCAGUUUUUAUUUACUGUGUUGGUAAGAACUGGCAUCAAAGUGAGAAAUUAUGCAAGAGGUGUCGUCUGCAAAUCAGCCGGCAAAACAGAAAAACAGAAGCAUCGGUUCCCGUUUUGAACUCCAGUGUUUACCUCCUGCGGUGGCGCUGUCCAGCCUGUCCUCACGUUCCUAGACGGCUUCUUUUAACCAAGUAUUAUGGAGCACAGUGAGUUUUAGCAGAUGAACAGCUGGAGAGGCGUCGCAGUGUUUGGCCGUAGGUUUUUAGGUCGAUUUGCAGUAGCAGCAUAGGAUGACAAGUAUUUGAAAUAAAUAUCAUCUGUUACAAAUGUGCAUUCAUGCAGGACAGAAGCCCUUUUUAAGCCUAAUCUAGAUGUCUCCCUAUUUAAUAUACAUUUGUGGCAUCAGCUGUGUUGUAUUUGAUUGCUAUCUUAUUCAGACUAUUGAGGGAGUACACUAUAGCACACGAUGAAGUACUUUAACCAUGCUAGUUCAAGUAACAGGGACCUAGUUUACUGUGCAGGCUGUGUAGCUUUUAUAAUACAUGUCUUAUUCACAUUUUAUUUCCAGAGGAUAUUAAAAGGAUGUUUACAAAAAAGGUCACAUUUUAACCUGGGAGUAUAUGUAUAUUAUUGACAUACCUAACUACAUGAGAGAUGAUUGAAUCCUCCAAUCUAGUGCCUUUUGUAUAAUGUAGUUUAAAGGCACAUUAAUGUUAUUAAUAGACAUGAUGUCUGAGAUGUUGAACUUCUUUCAUGAAGUGUUUUGUGUUGAAAGGCUUAAUGAGGGCUUUUGUUCUGUUUUUAACCUGUAUUACUUUUAAUUAUUAUAUCGUCUAUCUUUGGUUUAAUUCAUGUUCUGCGUUUUUAUGUUAACAGCUUAUUUAUUCUUUUGCCACUUGUACAGCAGUGUUACAUUUUUUGUAGUAUUCCAUCAUCAUCAUCUACUACGAAGGAUGUGAUGUUUCCAGACAGCGUCAACAUCCUAAUUAAUGCUUGUCUUACUCAACGAAAGGAGAGACAGUGUUUCGGUUGAACAAUAAUGACACAAAGCUUGUUCUGUGUAAACAGGAGACGAGUGCAAGAUUACAUUCACCUCCAGGGUGAAAAAAACAAACAGUACUGAGAUACCUGCAUGUCAACAGUGAACAUCUUCUGAUAAGCAGUUCAACAGUAACGUGAAUAUGCUGUGACCCUAGUGUGAUUAUUACCAGUGUUUAAAAUGACAGUAGCUGCUGUCGGUCUGACUUUACAGCAUAAACCCGACUUUAACAAAGAACAGAAUGAGCGGUCAGACUUCCUGGUUGGGUAUCGUGUAUAUUUCACCUCCAGAUGUGAGCGAUAAAGUUUCAUUUUGUGGAAUAAGUAAAGCGGUGGCAUCCUGUGUCCAGUUCUUUACUUGUUUUUAGCUUUUGUUGUGAACCACCUGCCGUUAGCACCUCCAGUCUGACCUGAGUUACAUUACCUGGUUGGGUUUGAUAAGAAAUCUGUAAGUAAUGGAACACAUCCAUAGAGCAAGAAAGUCUAAAAUAAGUCAGUUUGACCCUUUUUCAGGUUUUAAUAAUUGUCAUUUUGAUAAAGAAGGAAAGAAUGGCACGAGGCUGUUCCUUUUAGAAUCCAUAAGCUGAUGAGAGCCUAAUGUUACUGACUGCGGACUGCACUGUGAGCGAGCGACUAAAGGGACGAACACACGGCUGUUGACGGCGCAGAAUCUGUGACGUGUGCAGUGUUUGCAGUAUUUUCUACUCAUCAGAAAUCUUUUUCUUUCACUCGUUGAAGUAGCAACUACCUUCCAUUUGCCAAGUUUUCUACCGCUUGUAUACAAACACACUAUGUAUAUAGUUUAUGUGACGCUAGAGGAAGAGUCACUUAAGGUCAUUUAGGAGUGAGAGCAUUCAGUCUAUGAUGAAGUGCUUCCUACGCUGCAGGACGUGGACGUGACGUUGUAAAUAAAGCUUGUAUAAAACAG